CAACGUUCGCUCUUCUGGUCUUGGGGGCGGGCGGGAGCAGCGGUACAGACCGGGGAGGGAUGCGCACGGCCCGGGAGGCUCCAAGAGGAGGGCACUAGGGCCCUGUGAGCGGCGUCUUAACCGGCGGCGCUAGGACUCCACGGGAAGCGGCGGGGGCGGAGCGGGCGGCACCAGGACCCGGGGGAACCGAGGCGGGCGGGCAGCGAGCAGGCCCGGGAGCCGGGAGGCUGCGGGCGGCGGCGCUGGACCCGACGCGGCGAGAGAGGCCCCGAGAUGCCGAGCAAGAAGAAGAAGUACAACGCGCGGUUCCCGCCGGCGCGGAUCAAGAAGAUCAUGCAGACGGACGAAGAGAUUGGGAAGGUGGCGGCGGCGGUGCCUGUCAUCAUCUCCCGGGCGCUUGAGCUCUUCCUAGAGUCGCUGUUGAAGAAGGCCUGCCAGGUGACCCAGUCCCGGAACGCCAAGACCAUGACCACAUCCCACCUGAAGCAGUGCAUCGAGCUGGAGCAGCAGUUUGACUUCUUGAAGGACUUGGUGGCAUCUGUUCCCGACAUGCAGGGGGACGGGGAGGACAACCACAUGGAUGGGGACAAGGGCGCCCGCAGGGGCCGGAAACCAGGCAGCGGCGGCCGGAAGAACGGUGGAAUGGGAACGAAAAGCAAGGACAAGAAGCUGUCCGGGACAGACUCAGAGCAGGAGUGCUCACAGGAUGAAUCUGAGGACACAGAUACUGAUGGGGAAGAGGAGACAUCACAACCCCCACCCCAGGCCAGCCACCCCCCUGCCCACUUUCAGAGCCCCCCGACGCCCUUCCUGCCCUUCGCCUCUACUCUGCCUUUGCCCCCAGCGCCCCCGGGCCCCUCAGCACCUGAUGAAGAGGACGAAGAGGAUUAUGACUCCUAGCGCCUUCUGCCCCCCAGGCCAUAGCCCCUUUUAGUUGGUUUUAGUUGCUCUGGGGGGAAGAUAGAAGGUAGAGCUGUUCUUAAAUUUAUUAAAAAAAAUAAUAAAAGGGAA